AAGAGUCUCGCCUCGUGGAGUCCGCGAGAUUUUAAGGAGGGUGCCAUCGGCAUGGUCCCUGCGCAGAGACGUCGCUCAGUUUUGCUGCCGGCCGUUCUGGUCUUUGCCAUUGGCAGCCUUUGCUGGCCGGCAUUUGUUCCUCCUCCAGGCAAGAGCCAUGCCACGGACCGCGCGCAGGUGACUGGCGCCGCCGCGGCCCUCGCGGCGCUGGGUGCUUUGCCGGUCCACGCCGUGGACGAUCCUUUGGCGCAUGGCGCCCCUGGGGUCAUGGACAGCGGGGAGAUGCAAAACUGGGCCGAGCGAGCGGCUUUUGGUGGACUGCUGGUGAGCACCAUGCUGGCCUGGUGGCGUGGCACUUUGGGCAGCGGCCAGGCGAAGGAGGAAGGGAAGCCUCCGGCAUUCUGGGCGAUGGCCUUCGCCAACUUGUCGCUGGUGGUGCUUCUGAGCAAUCGCUGGCUGGAGAGCGGCCACUUUCCUCUCUCGAACAUGUACGAAUCCCUGAGCUUCCUGGCGUGGGGUGUCACUGCCGUGACCCUCUACUUCACCGCUACGCAGAACAGCGAGGCUCAAGAGCUCAGCGCCUUCGACAAUGGCAAGAAAUCCCAGGCCAAGAACGUCACCAGUGAUAUCGCCGCGGUCUGGGCAUCUCCCGUGGCCCUGGGCAUCGUUGCCUUCGCGCAGUUCUCCUUGCCGAAGGCGCUGCAGAAGGCCUCCGCCUUGGUGCCGGCCCUGCAGUCCAACUGGCUGGUGAUGCAUGUCUCCGUCGUCAUGUGCUCCUAUGCGACCCUGCUCUUUGGAUCUGUGCUGUGCAUGGCGGUGCUGGCUCUGAGUCAGCCAAAAGAUAGCCCGAUCACGGCCAUCCGCGAGGCUCUUCUGCCGGCGCUCCAGACCGUCGCGAACGGAUUGCAGCCGCAACCUCAGCCAGCUGUCGCGGCGGCAAUGACCGGCACCAGCGGCCUUGAUGCGGGCAACACGGCGGCCCCCCGCUCCGAGGUCCCGACCCAGGGCAAGAGACAGGUUGCAGUGGCCAGCACCGGCAAUGUGACUGUUGAGUUCUCUUCCUCGUCCGGUGCUGCAGUUUUGUCGGAGGAUGACCAGCUUGCCAUCACACUUGAUGAUCUUGCCUACAGAUCUCUUCUUCUUGGCUUCGGCUUUCUGACCAUCGGCAUUGUGUCGGGCGCGGUCUGGGCCAACGAAGCUUGGGGCAACUACUGGAGCUGGGAUCCGAAGGAGACUUGGGCAUUGAUCACCUGGCUCGUCUACGCUGGAUAUUUGCACACCAGGCUGCAGCUCGGCUGGGACACCCGAGAGAGCGCCAAGAUCGGCGCUUUUGGGUUUCUGGUGGUUUGGGUUUGCUACAUUGGCGUGAAUCUGAUGGGCAUCGGCUUGCACUCGUACGGAUUUUUCCUCAAGUGAGUCGAAUCAAAUGGGCGGAGCGGGCAGCCAUCCCGGGUAGGGGACCAGGUCACUUUGCUGCCUAAACUCGAGCGCCCGUUCAGCCAA